AUGGUAGAAGACUGGGGGUUUAGAAAGUUCAUAUCUGCUCUUAAUCCCAACUAUCAGUUACCUUCAAAAUUUGUAAUUUCAAAUACUUUAUUGCCACCAAUAUACGAGGAGUGCGUUCAUAGUAUUAGAAACAUAAUAAAUAGUGGAAAAACAUUUUGCAUCACGACCGAUGCAUGGACUUCUAUUGACACUGUUAGCUAUGUUUCAAUCACAGCGCAUUUUAUAGAUGAAAAUUUCGAUUUAAAAUCAAUAUUAUUGGAAUGUUCGACUUGCGAUUCAAGUCACUCUUCCGAAAAUUUAUCAGCAGAACUACGAAGAGUGACUAGGGAAUGGGGUAUUGAAAGAAAAGUGAUAUUUGCAGUAUCAGAUAAUACUGCAAAUAUCCAAAAAGCAAUUCAAGACAUAGGAUGGAAACAUAUUGGCUGUCUAGCGCACACAAUAAAUUUGCUAGUGAAAGAUGCACUCAAAAAUGAAGACAUCCAAAAAACUAUUGACAAAGUUCGGGAAAUAGUAAACCAUUUUGAUAGAAGUGAUAUUUUAUGCGAAAAAUUAUUAAAAUAUCAAGAAAAUGUGGGGAAAACGCCCCUUGAAUUAUUAUUAGAAGUUCCUAAUCGAUGGAAUUCCACGUUUGACAUGCUACAAAGGUUUAUUAUUUUAGAAGAGGCUGUGAAAAGUACUGCAGGCGAUAUUAAAAAACUGCCUGUACUUACAGUUACAGAGUGGAAUAUUAUAAAGGAACUGUGUCAGAUAUUGGAACCUUUUGAAGAAGCCACAAAAUAUCUGAGUAGAGAAAAUUAUUGCUCCUCUUCGUUAAUGAUCCCCAUUUGUAAUGGAUUGAAGAAUAUUUUGGAAGGGUUACUGAGGAAAAAGUUGUCGGAAACUGUGACAAAUGUAGUGCAACGACUUCAAGGCAGUUUUCAGGAACAUUUAGGAAAUGUGGAAAACAAUAACACAUUAGCAGUGAGUACUUUUCUUGAUCCCAAAUUCAAACAAUUAGCAUUUUUGAAUCCUUCAAUGGCUGAAAAAACGAAAAAAAAUAUAAUCGAAAUGAUUGGAGAAAAAAUCACCGAAGAGACUAGUGAGUUAUAUGCAAUUAACGGAGCAAACCAAUCGAAGGUUGAACCCAUGGAAGAAAUCGAGAAUGAGAAUUUGUCUAUUUGGAGUACAUUCGAUAAAACCGUUGCUUCUGUGCAACCUAAAAGCACUUGUUGCACUCGUGCAAUUAUUGAAAUGCGGAGAUACGUGGAUAAGGAUGUUAUACCUCGCCAUCAAAAUUCACUCUUGUGGUGGCAGGAGCACAAAGAACUGUUACCUUAUUUAUCUAAAAUCGCACAAGACAAAUUAUGUACUUUAGCAACAUCAGUUCCGUGCGAACGAUUGUUUUCAGAAGCUGGAGACUUAUUUACAGGACGUCGAAGCAUGCUGACUAAUGAAAAAACAUAUAUGAUUCUCUUCCUCAAUGCUAAUAUGUCGUUGGUGCAUAAUGAAUAGGAAUAAAUGUAUUUUUACCUAGAAAAUAUCUAAUAUAGUAAGGAAAUUCGAUUAUUCAGUGACUGUUUUUACUACCCAUUUCUGAGAUUUUUGUUGUAACAUUUUUUAUUUUUCUCUUAUUUUUUUGUUAUAGUAUUAGCCUCUCAAUUAUUUCAAUAUACGUCUGAAUAUAUGCAUAUGGCUUAUUACUUAUUAUUCGAAAUGAA